CCUGCCUGCGCCUGCUGCUGCGGGUUGGGGACUGGCAUCACCUCUCCCCCGUCCACUUUCCACUGCACUGGCUGGGGGCGGAGCUCGGACAGCCAUGGCUCCUUCUGCGACCGGCGCUGUGAACCCAAGCCAGAUGCCAGCACGGAAGACGGUUGCUGCCUCCUGUGCAGCUCGUCAUCUCUCAGCGGGGAAAGUGGGUACAGAGGCUGCUGGGGAAUCAUCCCCGUGCCUCCCACAGGUCUAGACCAGCCCCACCCUCCCCUCCCACCCCGCCUCCCCCUGCCUCUCGUCCGAGCGCCCGCGGGGAGAGAGCCGUACUGGCUGGAAUGCUGCCUCUUGCGAGCGUGGAUUUUCUGGCUGCUUAACCAGGAGAAUGUCUUGUGGCACUCGUCACAGCGGUGCGGCCUCUCUCCUGUGUGCGUGUUCAUGUGGUCACGGAGCAGA